AUGUCCUCCUCUAUCCGUACUACGGUCCAUGAGUCUCUUCCUUACGUUGACCCCGAGCCCACGCCCGCCGAACGUGCAGCCGCUGAAUCCCUGAUCGCCCAAGAACAGCAAUCCUCCGACUCUCCAUCUCCUUCCAACCUCCCCCCCCUCCCUUCACCAAAAUUCACCCCCGCCAUAACCGGCGAACUCACACGUAUCGCCUCUAAGCAGCCUCUACGCGCAAUCGACCUGACUCGGUACGAAGCCAGCGAUAUUGACCCCUCCUCCACAUCCUCUGAUCCUUCACACCUACAAACCGAGCUCUCGCGUGCCUAUACCGCCGCCACAUACCUGUCCGGCCGACACACACAUCUACAGCUUCUAGACAGCUUCGGCAAGAAUGCUUGGCUAGUCGGAAACUGGCAGUUAGAAGCUGAGCUGCGGAGCCUAGAGCAAGAACUUGACGCCGCCAAAAAGGAGAUCGACGUCGUUAAUAUUCAGCGGAAGCGCGUUCAAGAUGAGGUUGGCGGCGAGCUGAAGGGGCUCGACGAGGCUUGGAGACGAGGUAUCGGUAAGGUGCUCGAGACCGAGAUUGCUACCGAAGGAUUGAGACAGCAAGUUUUGGAAAGACAAAGAAGUAGCGCUUGA